GCCUGAGAAACAAUGCAUGCAGCACAAUGGAAUCACUGUCUGUGUAUCACGGGGCCAUCAGCCGAGAGACGUGCGAGAUGCGUCUGUGUGAAGCGGGCAAAGACGGCAGCUAUUUAAUUCGAGACAGUGAGAGCGUUCCUGGCGCAUACUGCCUCUGCGUUCUGCUCAAAUGUGUCACUCAAGUUAACGAACAAUACACUGAAAACAAAGCACCAGGUCAAACUAAACGCUUGUUCCGAAAAGUGAAGAAUUUGAUCAGCGCCUUUGAGAAACCGGACCAGGGCAUCGCCGUUCCUCUCCUCUACCCUGUGACCGUCCAGAAGCUCUGCUAGAAUGAUCCUCACGACCAUCAGCUGUAAACCUACACAACAAACUAAGCAUGUGGACAGUCUCACUGUACGAUCGCUCUUUUUUACACAUGUGGAUUCCUGUACAUAUAAAAGGAUUUGUAUAUAAGGAAAAACAAAAACCUAAUUUUGCAAAGUUUAAUGUGGGGAAAUGAGAAAGCCUCAUCUAAAUUGUUUUAAUACUGAGAUCAAUGGUCAACAAAUAUGAGUUUUAAUCCUAUUCUCAAAUUAUUAACCCUGUCCUAAACAUGCGGUUAUUUAGGUGUAUUAUCAUUACCAAACUGACCAAUAAAGUGCUGCAUUAUUUCAUUCUCGUCUCAUCAAGAUGGGACUUUUUAAAGCAUCAUUUUUAUUUGGAAAUUAUUAGAUAAAUCAAUAAAUUCUGGUAAUAUCAAAUUUUUUUUGUGGUGCAUUUUAACAGCUAUUAUAGGUUCAUGACAAUAAUUCUCUUUCAAAACAUGUUUUGUGCUGUAUAUAAAAUGUGUUAUGGUUCAAGUAGUCUGCUCUUGAAGCUGUAAAUAUGAAGUUUUUAGCUCUGGCUGAUUUUAAAUCAUAAUUUUGACUACCCCUGACCACAUUACAUGAACAUGAUUAUUUGCAUGGGCAGAGCAAGAACGUAAAGUGUUAAGUGUUUCAAAUGCAUGCGUUGCCCUCUUUAACACUGUUAAACUAAAUGC